CUAGACAAUGAUGUGUCCAAGGAAAACAACAGCCAUCUUGCAGAUCUUAUAAACUCAGCUGCACUUAUCACGAAUUCACUUCUCUCGCUUUACAUAAGGCCACUUAUAAAAUUGUUUAGCUAGGAACAGCAUGGCAAGAAUAUCGUCACUUUUCUUUUUUAUCGUUCUAUGCCAUGGACAAGAUACUGAAGAAAAUGUCGAGAUCAGGACUAAUCUGACUACUGGGUUUAAUAAGGUGUAUCAUUACGCCCUCAACACGACUACAAUGUUAGCGCUGUCUACUUCGGAUGAACUACAACACUUCUGUUACUGACGCAUCCAUUUCCUGGAAUGUCACGGCACCCCCUGGUCACGUAAUCGUGAUAAAAGGAAAAGCUUUCUGGACACCAACAACUAACGGAACCUGCAAUAUGUACUCUAAGGUCUAUGAUGGUCCAAACACAUUGAGCUCAAGGUUAAACCAGGUGUGCUCGGGGCCAUAUAGGGAGCUCAGCUUGGGUCGAUACGUCUAUGUCGAGAACAAAAUCGGAAGUGUAUAUCCCGAUUUAUUCUACGUCUCCUUCACGUUUACAGCAGUCAGAGAAAAAGUCUGUACAUUAGAUCAAACCUUCAACUUAACCGCCAACUCAUCAUCAGUCCUCACAAGUCCAUACUUUGACAUGAAAAUAUAUCCAAGGAAUAUGAACUGUUCUUGGCGUGUAAAUGCACCAUCAGGUUACUUUGUUAAACUGGACAUCGAGAGCAUUGUAAACUGCCCUAACGACUCACUUAAGAUCUACGACGACGGAGAUGAAAUCAUGGAGCUUAGAUGUGUGUCGUACGACAAGAAGAUUACAGAGGGGGAGGUCGUGGUAAUCGUGUUCACGAGCGAUGAUAUCAUGGAACGAAGAAACUUUCGUGGAUUUACUAUAAGAUUUACAGCAAUAAAAAGAGCAACCGAAUGUCUCCCUAGCAACAGUAAGGAGCAGAACGAAAAUAUCGCCAUCUCGGACCCAGUCCCCGGCAUCAUCACCACACCCAGCAGUUACCCAUCACUCUUGUGCAAAUGGAAGAUGCGAGCUCCGCCAAAUCACGUGAUCAACAUCUAUGUCGACUGGUUGUCGGUAGCAGAAAAAUGCAACGUUCUAGAGCCUUUCUCGAUAUUUGACAGGAUGAAUUACACGGAAUAUCGAUUUCUGAAGUCCUUCUUAUGCGAUAUUGGGGGUAAAGACAAAACCUCAUUUGAUGCAGUCUCGAGCGGCUCCAUGGCUAUGAUUGAAUUCAGUGGAAAAAACGUUACAAGAUUGAGCCAGGGAUUCUUUGCAAACUACACCUUCGUACCCUUGGAUGUCACAAAAGUCGGCACAUGCGCAGCUAACUCGUCCUCCGGCGUCGUACACAUGCGCAGUCAAGCCGGCACCGUCCGUUACCCUGAAAACGCCCUUCCAUCAAACUCGACAUGUGCUUGGAAUAUCACUGUAGAACCUGGAUUUUAUGUCGAGGUGUUUGAUGUCAACCCCUUGAAGACAUGCUGGGCCGCCCCAGCAAAAACACCAGUAUUUUACGAUGGAACAGAUGGUGCUGUUUUAUUCGACUCAUGUAACAAAUUAAACCUUUUUGGCAAAUUCUACACGACUGGAAACUCCUUGUAUGUUAAUGUGUCUAGUCCACUGUCGUCUGUAGCCAAAUGGGAGUUUCGUUUCAGUUAUCGCGCGGUACAAAUGGUCCCGAAGACGUACGCAUGCCUUUACCCUGUGCAGUCCAUCAACGCGAGUGAAGGAAAAGUCGCUAGCCCGGGGUACCCUGGUGUGUAUCCAAACUACGCGCACUGUAGAUGGAGGUUUGUGCCGCGUUUUGCGAAGCUCAUGAGGCUACGGAUUGACUCUUUUGAUUUGCCGGACUCCCCUAACUGCACCGGGGAUAUGGUGGAGUUUAAUCGACAGCCGAGACUAUGCGGGGAUAUGAAACUGCCAAAAGUUAUUGAAGGUUAUCACAUUAAUACCAACUAUCUUGAGUUUAAGAGUGACAGAAGUGGGCAACGGAGAGGAUUUGAAGCAAGUUUUUAUUAUGUUGACGACCCAUCGUUUGGAAAUUGUACCAUGCAAGGAAAGGAGAACAUCAUACACCUGACUGGUGAUAGCGGGUCCUUCUUCUCGCCAGCAUAUCCAAGCAUUUUUCCUAAAAACAUGAAAUGCUCUUGGUUAAUUACGGUUCCAAAAGGCAAGAAAGUCAAGUUGAAAUUCUCCCUUCAGCUGUCUCCUCAGUGCAAUUCUUAUGUGGAGGUCAGAGACGGUGCCGAUUAUUCAACAGCAAAGCUUCUUGGUAAGUUUUGCGGGUAUAAAGAUCCUGCCGCGGUGUUCUCCGAAGGGAAUCAAGUCUGGGCGAAAUUCGUAUCCCACAAGACCGAAUACAGCGGUUACAACUUCCAUGCAAGCUACGAGACGGUCAAUUUCCUUCCCUUGAAGUCUGCAUGUCGAGUGUCGAGUGAAUACUCGCGAAAUACCCGGAAAGACUCGAGUUCUGGAGAAAUCUCGAGUUAUGAAUAUCCCAACAAAUACGAGAACCACGUAACGUGUAUUUGGUCCAUUAGCGGGUCAAACUGGUACCGCUACAAACUUACCUUUGAGUCGUUUGACCUUGAGCCUAGUGAUAAUUGCGUAGCUGAUUUCGUGGAAAUCCGCGAUGGCUACAGCUUCAAGGAAGUGUUGGGAAGAUUCUGUGGGAACAAGACUAUUCCAGAACCUGUCUACACGUCCGGAGAAUUCUUGUGGAUGAAGUUCAAGACAAAUAACAGCACCCGCUAUGGAGGCUUCAAGGCUAAAUAUACAUCUGAAUUGUCGACGCUGUCGAAGGUCUUGAUUAUCUUAGCGAGUUCUAUAGCAGGACUGUUCCUUAUUGGAAGUGUUAUAUUUGUCUUCAAAGAUGAUAUUAUCGAAAAAUGGAACAGCAGCCGUCAAAGGACUCAAGAAAUUCCAGAAGGCGCCUCGGUCGCGGGAUCAAACUUUGCACUCACGUCAAGGGAUAAAUAAACAGAAUUUAUUAAGUGGUUGAGGAUGUUAUAUGACUUCAGUUUUGGGAGGCACUCGAAAACAGCGGUUUUAACUCAGUUUAAUCCGCUUAAACUGUGUAUAUUUUUUUUUUUUUUAUGGCGGGCCCUUUGACUAUAACAAAUCUAUACCACUUCAGACCAAAAUGAAAUAUGUAAGCUACUCUGAAUAAAGGCCGUAGCUAGAGAA